AUGCGUAUGACUGACCAACAGAUUCUCGACCAACUCCAUGCAUGCCACAUUGACCACUCUCAACAUGGACUCAAACUCACCGGGUUUCGAAAAAUCCGCAAGGCCUUGGGCUUCAUGGGUACCCGUCAGCAAGGGCAUUCCUAUGAGUCAAUCAAGGAUGCAAUUAUAGAUCUCCGACGCUCCUACCCAAAUGCUGGCGGCCGGGAUAUGAAGGAUCUUUUAUUUUUUGAGAAGGAUGGGAUGAAGGUUCCACGUCACCUUAUCAUGGAUUUUUUUGCGGUUUAUGAGCCUGAUCUGGUCCGACGGCGACGCAAAAAUUGCCUGCGCCGCAAGAAAUUUUGGGCAGCAGGAUCAAACGACAUCUGGGCCGUUGAUCAGCACAACAAGUGGAAGAAAUUUGGCUUAGCUUUACACACAGGAAUCGACCCCUUUAUUGGAUACAAUCACUGGACUCGCAUUUGGUGGAACAAUAACAACCCUCGGUUGAUUUUGAGUUACUACCUUAGCAUUGUUGAGGAACUGGGAUGUCGCACCGAGAACACAGGAUUGGCCAACGGCCAUACAAUGCUGCGCCACCUCCAUGAUCCCGGUCUGUGCGGAACAUUACAACACCGAUGGAUGCGCCAGAAGAAGAACGUGAUGCCUGAGAUCUCGUGGAGUCAACUUCGUCGACGUUGGACUCCUGGGUACGAGAAUCUGCUGGAUCUAGGCGUUGAGAAUGGCUGGUACGAUCCCAAGAUCCUGCUGGAAGCGCUGGUAUUCCGAUGGGUCUUUAUACCGUGGCUGCAGAGCGAGCUUGAUGCCUGUCGGCAUCGGAUCAACAACACCGCAAAACGUGUCGACCACAACAAGAUUUUACCUCACGGAAUCCCAGCGCACAUGCUGGCGCACCCAGAGGAAUAUGCCGCACUUGAUUUCAAGGUUCGAGUCAGCAAGGAAAACAUCGAGACCGUCCCUAAUAUGUACGCACCACGGGAUCAUCCCAUCUUCGAGCUUGUCCCUCGAGAAUUUGAUCAGGUCGCAACUGAGCUACCGAGCACACCCGAGAACACGCUACGUGGCAGCGGUUCUACCACACCAUUUGAGCUAAUCUCUCGCUCCAACACACCCGCGCUCGACCCGAACGUUCUACCAACAUUUUCUACACCCGCGGUCACCACUGGACCCGCUGCACCUGCCACUCCCCCGGUUGUCACUGCCCUCACUCAGCCUACACGACACAUCCCCAAACCGAAAAACACCACGGCACGCAUGACCGACGCCGAAAAAACCCGAAUGUACUCGGGCGAAGCAGGGGCUGAUGACGUCUCAGCCAAGGACUUCGCAAGGGUCUUCGCAAACCGGAUACUUGGUCUCGGAUUGGCCGAACCAGAGAAACUGGAAGCUUUCGGCGACUCCCUUCUUGCGGGCAAAGCCGCUGACAUCUGGUGGGAGGCGGCGCAGGCCAGCGCUACCCCCUUCACAACGUGGUCGGCCGCGCGCACCGCGUUCGUGCAGGAGUUUGACGUCCCACAAGCAGCCGAGAAGACUUCCCAGGAAUGGGAGAAGGAGCUCGCAGCGAUGCGCAUUGGGCUCGAUGAGCUAGGCACCAAGAUCGCUCUCGGCGGUGUCAACACCCAUGCACACAUAGCCUUCGCGCGCAAACUGAUGCGCGCCGCAAAGAAAGCCGGAGUCGACAAGUCAAGCAGCAACAUCUGGGCGGUACGCAACCACUUCCCUGACUCGCUCAAGGACAAAACGCCCCCAGCACCAAAGGACUGGACCGCAUUCACGGAGGCAAUCGAGAAGGUUGACGUCACCCAGCUCAUUGAGGCCGCGGAGAAGGAGCGCCGUAUGGUCAAAGCCGAAGCCAGAACCCAGAAGGUCGAAGCAGAACUGGCCGUUCUGCGGGCGCACGGACUGAGGGUGCCGCUGCCGGCCAUCCCUGCAUCCCCCACCGCCCACAUCCGCACUCAGCUGGGCCGCACCAACAUCUCGUCGACGCACAUCCCGGCUCCCGCGUUUACCUCAUCACCCGAGAUUCUGGGCCCGGAAGCCAAGGCCAACCUCAUCCGCGUGGUAGAGCGGAUGCGAUCUGCCGCCCCGCUGCUUUUGACCUCCGCCACAGAUGUAGCCCGGUAUAACACGCUGUUCCAGCGUUGGAAAGAGACGAGUUCGGCACGUCCCGUGGAGGAGGUUGGAGUCCCGCUGUCGCCGGGCACGGUCUGGCCUGGCAGCGGUGAAUGCUGGAACUGCGGCAAAGUCACUACACCGCGCCACAACGCCGCGGAUUGUGACGGCGCCAAAAUUCCUCUCCCCGAACGGCGCUUCCGCCGCAUCUGCUCAAAAAACCUUCCUUGCACCGUGCCGGUUGCUGUCAACGCUGUUUUGGGAAGCUGGAUGGACGACGAUGACGAGCAGGGUUUUCCGGGGGAGUCACUGUGA